AUGGCCACGGAAGAACGCAGUUUCAAGACUCAGGAUUUCACGGUGCCCUCAAAUGGAUCUGGCGAGACGAUCCAAGUACGCAUCAGCGAGCCCAACCUUACAUCCGAAAACUUGGGUCUGGAGACAUGGGCCGCUUCUCACAUUUUGGCUUCUCAGCUCCAUCAUAUAGGCCCCAAGAUUCAGUUUCCUACUCCCAGCUCAAAUAUACUUCCUAUCCUUGAGCUUGGUGCUGGUACAGGUCUGGUUGGUGUCACAGCGUCCACACUUUGGAGACAGCCCGUUGUACUUACGGAUCUGGCGCCUCUGGUCCCUGCUUUGGACGCUAAUAUCGAUCUCAAUUUGGAAGGUCUGCAGAAAGCGAACACAUACAUGGAGGCUGGAACAUUGGACUGGAAGUACCCUACCACUCUGCUAAUCAAGGAUGAGGAGCGUCCUCAGACUGAAGCUCAUGUUAUCUUCGCGGCAGAUACUAUCUACUCCGAAGAGCACCCUGAGCUGCUGGCGAACGUCAUCUUGAAGUGGCUGAGGAAGGACAAGGAGGCGAGAUUUGUCAUCGCAUAUCCUCUGAGAGUCUGCUAUAUCGACUACAUCAGAGAGAUGUGGGAGCGACUCGAGGAGGGUGGCAUGGAGGCUAUGGAAGAGGGGAGAGAAGAAGCGAGUGAAGACCUCUUCAAUGAUGAGAGGCUUGUAGAGUGGAGUGUCUGGAGGUGGAAGGACCUGUAA